AACGACGGGAGAGGUAGAUGCAGACAAACCGGCUGGUGUGGGAGACGGAACAGCGGUGGCUGCUACCAACGGAGCAGCUUUGCCUAUGGGCGCUACCCGAACGGGCAUGGCGAGCGGGCAGGGAAGGCUUGCCGACGGCCACGCCUUUGACGAGAUUGCGUGGAAGGACCUCCGAAUCAUCCGCAAGGUUGGCACCGGGGGCUUUGGCGACGUCUACGCUGGGAUGUGGGGCGGGACGCCUGUGGCGAUCAAGAAGCUCAAGACGAGCUCGCCGCAUGGGCCAACGCCGAUGAUGACAACACCGACGGGCUCGGUUUCGCGACCGGCGUUCGGUGACGGAAUGACAGCGUCGUUAGGUGGCGCCGGGACGCUUACGGCUGGGACGUGGGGCGGCGGCGGCGGCGGCGGCGGUGGCGGCGGUUUUCGGCAUGUGGGUGGCGGCGAGACGGGAGGCGACAAUCAUGUCCGCGGAGACAGGGCUACUGUUACUGAGACAGAGCCCGGGUUGCCGGUGGCGGCUGCCGGAGAGUCGGAUGGCGUUGGCAAUGGCGGCGGGCGGACAGGACUUGUUGUGUGGGGCGAAGACUCGAUUGCGCCCGAGCACCGGGCAUCGUUUUUGGCGGAAGCACAUUCGCUGUCGACGGUCAACCACCCCAACUGCCUGCAGUUGCUGGGGUGCUGCACCGAGCCGCGACACCUAUGCAUUGUGACCGAGUACUUGAAGGAGGGCGAUUUGGCGACGCUCUUGUUCAACUCGGACGAGCUGAUUGGCGACGCGAAAAAGGUGUCGAUUCUGGCGCAGAUUGCGCGCGGGUGUGAGUACCUGCACCUCCGCAAGGAGAUCGUGCACCGCGACCUCAAGCCGGGCAACAUCUUGCUCGACCACUCGGCGUCGGUGGUCAAAGUCGCCGACUUUGGCCUCUCGGUCCUUGUCUCCAAGCUCCAGGACGAGCGUGCGCGGCGCGGCGGGACUCACAAGUACAUGUCACCGGAGCAGCUACUGGGUGGCGUGACGGCGUCACGGGCCUCUGAUGUCUUUUCGUUUGGCGUCAUUAUGUACGAGGUGUUGACUCGGCAGCGUGCCUUUGACCGUGAGCGAUGGGUCAAUGUCUACGCGCGCCCUUCGCUCGAGGCGACGGUACCGCACUCGACGCUCUCGCUGAUGCUUUCCGACUUGCUAGAGGCUACGCUCGCGCCGAAUCCCGACGACCGGCCGGACUUUACGUCGAUUGUGGCGGUGCUAGAGGAUUUGAAGAGCAAGCUGGUGUACGGGCCUGUGUGGCCGUCUGUGCCUGCACUGCCGCCUGCAUUUGUGCCUGUCGAGCGCGACCUUGAUGCGCUGCGGCAGCUGGUCUUGCGCGCCCGGCGCCCGCUGCUGAGCGGCGAGAGCCGUGCGCCACUGCCGUCGCCGAUGGCGGCUUGGACGCCGCUGGGCUCUGAAAGCGGCAGCGAGUUUACCAGUCCGGGCUCGUCGUCGUGGUCGUCCGAGGCUGAGUCGCCAACGGCAUCGGUUCUUUCGACAGGCUCAUGGGCUGCGAGCAACGCACCGGGCGGGGUGUUUGUUGUCGGCCCGGCCGGGCGCGGCAAGUCUGUACUUGCGGCUGCGCUUGCGCGCGACGAGACGAUCCGGCUUGCCUUUCCGGGCGGAUCGCACUGGAUCACGCUGGGCCCUGCGCCGCGCAUUCCUCAGCUCCUCGCCAAGCUCCGGCAGGAGAUGCUCGGCUCGAGCGAGAGCGAUGACGACGGGUCGGACAACAGCGGGUGGUCGGGCGGCGGGCCGCCGCCGCUUGUCCGAGCCGGCUCAUCGUCCGAGGCUGCUAUCCCGAGUGAUCCGCUGCUCUCUGUCCGGGCGCUCCGCGAAGAGCUUCGCGAGCUGUUCAACGAAGCCGGUAAGCAAGCGCUGCUAGUGUUUGAGGACGUUGUCUCUGCCUCGCACUUGCUGCCGUUCCUUGACGUGGCGGCGGGCUCGGGCUCGUUUGUGGUGGCCAACACCCGGAGCACGGGCCUUGCGGCGCGACUGCCUGGCUGGGACGAGUUUGUGCUCGAGGGCCUAGAGGCAGAGGCGUCGCUGGCGGUGCUGGCCAAGGCGUCGCGGCGCGGAGUGGAGGCACUUCCGCGUCCGGCACGGGCCAUUGCACAGCUCUGCGGUCGGUUGCCGCUCUCGCUGGCGAUGCUUGGUGGCCUGCUCCGGCACUGCGCCCACGAGUCUGAGUGGGCCGAGGUUGCGCGCCAGCUCCGGGACCUGGGCGCCGGUGCUGGAUCGGCCAUCCACGUUGCGGUCCUUGCCCUCGGCCCGCUGCGGUACCGCUACCUGGACCUUGCGGUUUUCCCGGCGACGAUGCCGAUUACGCUCGCGGCGCUGGAGGCGAUGUGGUCGGUUCUCCCCGAGCCGCUGACCCGGUCCGACGUGAAGAUUGUCGUUGACGCGUUUGUGGCCAAGGCGCUCGUGGUUGUCGACGGCUCCGGCGACCUCAUUUUGCACCAGUUGCAGCGCGAGUUUCUGUUGGAGCAGGCUGUGGCGUCGGGCGAGUUGCGCAGCAUGCGGGCGCGGCUGUUUGAGGGCUUUGAGCCGCAUGCGUCGCGGCUGCGGCUUCAAGAGAUCGAGUUCCUGAAGGCCAUGUACUGCCGCGACGGCGAGUUUGAGAUGGCAGCGCACAUGUGUGAGUACGUCGAGCAGUACGAGGCUGCCGUCGAUGUGGGCGACCCUGCGGCAAAGCUGCGCGAGGUCCAGUUCUCGAUUUUCUUCGAGGUCGACAUCCCAGCGCCGGCAUUGCCGGUGGCAGACGAGGGCGACUCGGGCGAGGCAUGCGGCGACGAGUGCGGAGCUGGCGACGAGCCGCUCGCUCCCGAGCAGGCACGAAUCGAGCUGGAAGCCUCGCUGGUUGCCGGCUACCCGUUCCUUGUCCAGCCGAACGUAACCAUCCGGUCGAGUGCGUUGUCGCGGAGCGGACAGGCCUCGAUCAUGGCUCAGAUGCAGAGCUUCCUCGACUCGGUGACGCAGCCCGGCGAGCUGUGCGUCUCCCGGGCAGUCGAGUGGGUGACGGCCAACGUGCUGCGGUUCCUCGAGCACUCGGCGACCAAGCGGAUGCGCGCGAGUGCGAGCGAUGGCGGCAAGAGCGCGGGCAAGGGCAAGGGCAAGGGCAAGGGCAAGGGCAAGGGCAAGGACAGUGGCAAGGCGAGCAAGAGUCGAAACAUGGGCAGUCGACAGCCCGCCGUGGUUGUGCCGCCGCGCGGGCGUCCGAGCUCGCUGCUGGUCUCGCCGGCACUGGUACGGCGGUCGACGAGCAUGGACGCCAUUGCUGGCGAUGCGGCGACGGACGCGUUUGCGUUUGGCUGGCGCGGCUGGCCGCGGAUGACCGGGGCCGGAGCCGGAGCCGAAGCCGGAGCUGGAGGCGGGGCGAUAGGAGCCGCGAGCGGCAAUAGCCUCGAACGACAAGUGUCGCCGUCGCCGUCGACGCCAUCAUCGAGCUCGCUGCUUGCCCACGCGCAGCAGCGCGAGUGGCUCACCUUUCCCAAAGCCAACUUUAAGGUUGUGGCGCCCAAGGCGCUCGAGUCUGCGCGCAAGCAUUUGCUGACGGGCUUUGUGGUCUCGACCUCUCCAUCAGUGGUGGUGUUUGAGGGCGAGGCGCCUGCGGUCGAGGCGGCCAUCGCGUGGCUCUACACUGCGCUGGACAACUCGUUCAUUGUCGCAUCGUUUGUGCGCAAGUGGACGGAGCGGUGCGUGUCGCGGCGUUCAGCAGCGACCUGGCUCCGCUUUGAGCGCUUUGCGCUCUACGGAUACUCACGCGGGCGGGCGCGCAAGCGGUUCCGCGCCGUUCUCGAUGCCUCAGGCUGCGGCGGCGUGUUUUUCAAGGUCACCGGCAUCGAGUAUACCUCGUAG